ACGGUCGCUGCGUUGCGGCCAGGUUCGCGCCGGUCCACAUGAGAGGACGAAAGGAUUACAGACUGAGCGGCGCGACGCAGGACUGAAACUGUGUUUCCGUGCAAAAAAAAGAACAACGAAAAACUAAAGUGUUUCGCGAGUGAGUGUGUGCGCAUGUGUGAGUGCAAGUCAGUGCGCCAGUGAGUGUGACAGUGACAACCAUAUUAAAGGACACCGCUGCGAUCAUGUGGAUUACUAACGUGUCGCACCUUGUGCUGCUGGCGGGUCUGUGCGCGGCCAUCACGUCCCCGGAGCCGCAGCCCGGCGCGGCCGCGGCCCCCGCCGCCCAGCCGGUCGCCGACGAGCACGCGGCGCAGCGCCGGGAGGCCCCCGCCGUGCCCGCCGACAGCGGCGGCCACCACGACGACCUGUUCCCGCCGUCGGCGCUCGACGCCAGCCCCGGCGGCUCGUUCGGCAACGGCCUGUCGUCGGCCGGCGGCGGCGGCGGCGGCCUGCCGCUGACGGCGCUCGACUCGUCCGUCUUCGGCGACGCCUCGCUCAACUUCCCGUCGUCUGCGUACGGCGCGCCGCCCACGGCCCCGGACGCAUCGUACGGGGCGCCGGCCCAGAGCGGGGGCUCGCCGCCGCCCGUGUACGGCGUGCCCGGCCAGAUCCCCGGCCGGCCGCUGGGGCCACCCUCCAGCUCGUACGGGCCGCCGCCGUCCGGCCCGCCAGACGACAAGUACGGGCCGCCACCGCCCCAGCGACCGUCGGCGUCGUACGGGCCACCGCCGCCCAGGCCGCGCCCCAGCUACGGGCCCCCCAAGCCGCAGUACGGGCCGCCGCCAUCGCCUCCAAGGCAGCAGUACGGGUCACCGCCUCCGAGACCGCAGUCGUCGUACGGGCCACCCAAGCCUCGCCCCAGCUACCAAUCACCCAAACCAUCGUACGGGCCUCCGCCAAAGUCGCAGUACGGGCCACCGCCACCGUCCUACUCCAGCCCGCCUAAACCGUCGUACGGCCCGCCCAAGCAGUCCUACGGACCACCUAAGCCAUCUUACGGGCCGCCUAAACCACAGUACGGGCCACCUCCAAGCCCACCAAAACCACAGUACGGACCUCCUCCUAGUCCGCCCAAGCCACAGUACGGACCUCCACCAAGUCCGCCCAAACCCCAGUACGGACCUCCUCCUAGCCCUCCCAAGCCCCAGUACGGACCCCCUCCUAGCCCACCCAAGCCCCAGUACGGACCUCCCCCGAGCCAGCCCAAGCCCCAGUACGGACCUCCACCAAGUCCUCCCAAGCCGCAGUACGGACCUCCGCCCAGCCCACCCAAGCCCCAGUACGGACCUCCGCCCAGCCCACCCAGGUCGCAGUACGGGCCUCCGCCGAGCGCACCUUCCAGCCAGUACGGGCCACCCAGCUCUCAGUACGGGGCGCCGUCCGGCCCGUCUGGCCACGGUGGCGGCCACGGUGGCCACGGUGGCGGCAACGCCCCGCCCACGCCGCCCGAGAUCAAGUACGACGGCUGGCAGCCCGUCGCCGGGCUGUCCCUCACCUCCACCUCGUCAUCCAGCAGCGGCGGCUCGUCGCACGGCUUCUCCAACGGCGGCUUUUCCGACGGCGGCUUUUCCAGCGGCGGCUUUUCCAGCGGCGGCUCUUCUAGCGGAGGCUUUUCCAGCGGCGGGGGCGGCGGCUACGACGGCCCUCCACCGCCGCCGUCGUUCCCGUCGGCGCCCUCGGGCCCCUCGGACCUGUCCGCGCCCAGCCAGUCGUACGGCUCGCCCGAGCAGCAGAGCUACGCGCCGCAGGGCGGGCCCGGCGGCCAGGGCGUGCCCAGCAACUCUUACGGCCUGCCGUUCGCGCAGCCCAAGCACCCCGUGCUGCACCGCGCGCCCGUGCCCGCGGGGCUGAUCCAGUCCAUCGCGGACGCGGUCCAGAACGAGCACCACCAACAGCACCAGUACAAGGGCAACACCUACAUCCCGCCCGCGGUCCAGGACCACGGCUCCACGGCGUCCACGUCCUACCAGCAGUCGUCGCUGGGCUCGCCACUCUCUGCCCUCACCGGCGGCGGCGACUACUCCAUCCAGCCGUCCCUGAGCUACGACCUCGGGCAGCAGCACCACCAGCAGCAGCAGCAGCAGCAGCAGCUGCAGUUCCCCAGCGGCCUGGACCUGGCGGCGUCCACAGGCUACAGCGGGCUGUCGGCGCAGUCCUUCCAGGCGCCGGCGCCGCCCUCCCAGGACUACGGCCUGCCGUCGGCCUCCGGCUACGACGCGUCGGCGCCGUCCUCGGCGUACGCGCAGCCCAUCGACGACCCCUCGCUCGUCAACCCCAACGCCGCGCAGCAGCAGCAGCAGCAACAGCACGCCGAGGACGCGGGCGGCGACUACUCGGGCGGCAACCUGUACGGCGCGCCCUCGCAGCACCAGGCGGUCGCCGUGCAGUUCAACGCGCUGAGCGCGGCGGGCGCGCGCGACGCCAAGCACCAGGACGUGGACGCGGACGCCGCCGUGGCCAAGCAGAGCGGCAGCUCGGCGAGCGCCGUCAAGACCAUCCCCAUCCAGGGCUCCAAGGGCAACUACACGCUGCAGAUCCAGUCGGCGGGCGGCCGCGACGUGGACGUGCCGCACGAGCAGGUGCUGUCCGAGGGCCUGCUGCAGAACAUCCUGGCCGCCAUCGAGCAGCAGCAGUCGCCCGCCACGGCCGCCGAGUCGCAGCAGCUGCUCGAGGGCCUCCCCGGGCCGCACGCCGAGUUCCUGGCCGGCUUCAGCGGCGCGCAGGUGCAGCCCAGCCUGGGCAUCGACGUCCCCGGCCUGAGCGCGCUGGGUCUCGGCGGCGCCCAGGACGCCGCCGCCGCGCACGAGCAGGCGCAGAGCGCGGUGCCGGCCAGGAACGUGGCGCUGUACUUCAACGGCACCCAGGAGGAGCCACCGCGCGCCGCGGACGCGUCGGGCAGCUACGUCCGCUUCGCCGACCAGCACGUCAACUUCCAGUACAACGGCGGCCAGCACGCGAGGGCGGACCACCCGCAGCACAAGCACCACAGCAACCACCGGGCGUGAUCAUGCUCGAGUCCCCAACACAUAGACUGAUUUUGCGCACUCCAAAAAGGUCUCGAUAAUUUGAUGCUCAACCUUCGCGUUUUCGUGUCUCCGACCCGUUUUAAUGGUCGGUGAGUUAUUGUACGAGGUGGGGAAAACAAGAGGGAUUGUUGUGAUACGAUUACGACGUUUUUUGAGUGUGUCUACGUGUGUAAGAAAAGAAGCGAAUGUCUUAGGGUCUUUACUAUCUAUUUUUCAAACUGUAAAUAUUGACGGUGUGAUUGUGUAUGUGUGUCUGCGUUGCGCGGCCCGAGUGCUGUAAAUGUGCCGAUCAGUUCAUGACGUUAGUCUUCUUCUAUUGGCACAUCUGCUGAACUGGGAUUUAGUAUUUUUAAAUUAUUGCUUUGUCAAUGAAUGAAUUCUGCUUUACCUCUUUCUACUAGACUUCUUUUUUUAAAUCAUCCUAGAUAACUUGAACGUAGUUAGUCCUGUGGCUGGACAAUAAUGCUGGUGAGCAUUUUGAGGCGGUGUGCCUCUUUACGGGUGAAAGCUCACCACCAACCAAGAAGAGAAUGUAAAUUCGGAACAUAUCAGCGCUAUCGCGACAUGUAUAGUACUUAUUGCACGAUUUGUGUAAACACCUAGUUGUAUGUACAGAGCUUGUUGUGUGGAUUUCAGGCAUGGCUUGUGUUUCUGUCAUAAGUAUGACUGAUGUGUGCCCCCAAAGCUUUUAAGUGUAUGUGUGAGUGUGAGUGAGCGGCGCUGCUCGCAAGUCUCUUCCUCUUCUCUAGUUUUCUAAUCAGCUGCUUUGCAGUGCGUAUUUAUUGUUGUAAAUAAGCAGAAGCAGGGCAUCGAGGUGCAAUGGCCCGCCUCAUCGCUUCACUUUUAUCGCCAAAUUACUAUUUAUAAAAGUUGCGAUUAUUUGCGAAAGCUCAUUUCUUGUGAAAUUGCUCAUUCUUCGAAUUUCCUUCUACAUUAUUGUACUCCAUUCUCUGUGCACGGUGCUUGUCGCGUGUUAUCUAGACGGACGUCUGCCACCAGUUCAUAUUGUAUCGCCUAAGGAAAUGAUCGUUAGUUACUUUGACUUGAGAGAACCAGGUCACAAAUUAACUAGUAACGCGUUUGUAUAAAAGUGUGUACAAACCAUGUGUGCCAAUACUGACUUUCAGUCAUAAUUUGUAAUUUAUCGUGUGUAGGAUAUCUUUUCUCUGCUUUUCCUGUCAUGUCGCAUUGUAAAGUUUACCUAAAUUUGAAUGCGCGCGUGUGUUCGUGUGUACAGGAUGAAUGUUGCUUUUUUUUUUACUUGCAAAACUAUGUAAAUAAAUAAAUAAAUAAAGAAAUAAUGUUUUAUAUUUAUUAAGCAAA